GCAGCUCUGCUGGGGAAGAAACUUUGCUGAGGCUUUGUCAGCGGCUGCUUCUUGCCUGACAUCACUUGACCAGCACCUCUACUGCGAUGGGGCGGCAAAAGGACGUUCUUGCUACCAUUGAGGAGCACCUGAGGAUCAGAAACAAAUUAGUGCGGCAAGCACUGGCUGAGUGCCUGGGGACGCUGAUCCUGGUGCUCUUCGGCUGUGGCUCCGUUGCGCAGAUCGUGCUCAGCAGAGGGUCUCAUGGAAACUUCCUGACUGUCAACCUGGCCUUCGGCUUUGCUGUGACACUUGGCAUUCUGAUUGCAGGACAGAUAUCAGGUGGACACCUGAACCCAGCUGUCACUUUUGCCAUGUGCUUCUUGGCCCGGGAGCCCUGGAUCAAGCUGCCAAUUUAUGCCCUUGCACAAACCUUAGGGGCUUUCCUCGGAGCUGGCAUAGUCUUUGGGCUGUACUACGAUGCCAUCUGGGCUUUUGGCUCUAACCGGCUGUACACAAUAGGACAGAAUGGCACUGCUGGUAUCUUUGCCACCUACCCAUCUGAGCAUCUGAAUGUUGUGAAUGGAUUCUUUGACCAGUUCAUUGGCACCGCCUCCCUCAUUGUCUGUGUCUUGGCUAUUGUUGAUCCCUUCAACAACCCCGUCCCCACAGGGCUGGAGGCUUUCACAGUUGGCUUUGUUGUCCUUGUUAUUGGAACCUCCAUGGGCUUCAACGCUGGCUACGCUGUCAACCCUGCCAGGGACUUUGGGCCUCGUCUCUUCACAGCCAUCGCUGGCUGGGGCACGGAGGUGUUCGGGGCUUGCAACCAUUGGUGGUGGGUUCCAGUUGUUGCUCCUUUCCUUGGGGCAAUUGCAGGAGUGAUAGUCUACCAGCUGAUGAUUGGAUGUCACGACGAGCCUUCACCACCUGCCUCUGAGCAGGAAACAGUCAAGCUGGCUAACGUGAAGCACAAGGAGAGGGUCUGAGGAAGCUGCCACCCUGAUCUGGCAGGUAUUCAUUACUCAGGACUGCAAUUGGCAAAGAGGAGGAGAAGAUAAGAAGAGCUUCAAGAACAACAGGAAGAGUUUUUUACCUGUCUUGAGAUAUUCUAGUCUUUUUUUUUUUUUCAUAUCCCUCAUGCAUUUGCUUUUGACAUUUCCCUGUAAGCCUUCCUCCAAAUGCAGUAUCAUGUAAUCUUUUCCUAAUAGAAGGGGAUUGAGGACUGUGGGAGUCAGGAGAGAAGUGGGCAUUGCUGUCCAACAGGUGUUCAGGAAUCUGGAGCUCUUUUAGGGCUGUGUUACUGACGCUGCCUGUGACCUUGGCAAACUGCUUCCCUUCAAACCUAUGUUCCAAUCUGCAGAAUGGGGAUCAUGCAAAACUUAAAUCGUUUUGCUAGCGUGGAUUGGAAACUCCUACAUCCUGGAAAAAAAUUUGCCUGUGAUUGUACUGUGGAUCAAAUUCUGCUUGAUGUUGCUCUAAAGUCAAUAACUUGACACCAGGAAUUAACAAGUCUAAAAGAUUUUUAUUGGCCAAACUUUUUAUAUCUCCCAUGAAUUCCUAGAACAUUGUAUCAAUCAACUGAUCCGUAACACCAGCGCAGACAGUAGGAAUGCACUGGAUUUUAAUUUAAUAUGAAGACAAAAUGUUUACAAACAAGUGCAGCCUGGUGUUCUAAUCUCAAAUUUUAAUAUUGCCAGCUCCUAGAGGAUCACACAUAGGAAAUCCUUGUUCUAGCCAGGGGCUAACCUAGAAAGAAAGCUUGGCUCCCCGAAGCAGCCUUUCUAAUUAAUCAGCUUUGUAUAUAAACUGCGAGCAGUUAACAGCCAAGAUCCACUGGAAACACAGUGUUGCUAAAGUUGCGUGUGUUCAUGUAAAUUUUACAAUACUGUUGUUGGUUGUUUGUUUUGUUUUGUUUUGUUUUUUGUUUUUUUGGUUUUUUUUAGUAGAUUUAUAUAUAAAUAUACUCCUUAAAGCUGUUUCUAAAUAUCAAGGUUGGGAUGAGUUAAUUUAGAGAUGUGUGGGAACUGCUGAUUCUCUGUCAGCUUUGAGAUUUUGUUGGAUUUUCCUGGGGUGGUCUUAGGUUAAGGCAUUCCAUUGUUUGGAGCACCUCCUUUUCUACCUUGCAGAAUUACUGGGGUAUCCCUGGUGCUCAUGGCUGAGGGACUGAGGUCAGGCACCUCCUGUACUAGCAGUACUGGCAUCUCAGGGGAUCUCUGGCUCUCCCAAUGCCAUAUUACUAAAGAGUAUUGUAAACAAGCAUUAUUGGUUGUGAAAGAAUUUGUGAGUGCAUUAGAGAAACUCAUUCAGAGACUGUUUCUUUAAUGCAUGGAUUCAUUGAAAUACGUAACUUUGUACACAUUUCCAGUCACCAAAAAGAUGUAUUCUUUUUUUUUCCUUUUUAAAAAAAUAAAAUGUUGAUACCCGCACUGUAAAA